AUGCAGCAGAAAGCCCGAGAACCUGCAAGGCCCGGUGGGCCCUGCAGCAGCAGCAGCAGCAGCAAUAGCAGCAACAGCAACAGCAGCAAUAGUGGCAGGGGCUUCCCGCUAGCUUCGGCCUCAGCAGCAGCAGCAGCAACACCUUCUGCAGCAUCAGCAACUUCUGCAUCAGCAGCAACACCAGCAGCAGCAGCAGAAGCAGAACCAACUGCUGCAACAACUAGCGAUCUACAGGGGGGCCCCUCUGCUGCUGCCUGGUGGGGAGGGGGCCCCCACCUCAUUCCUCCUUGUCAUCCUCUUGAUCCCAAGGGGGCCCCUGGGGGCCCCCCUGAGGGUCCUCUGCAGCAACUAGACAUUCCAGCGAUAGGAUUUCAACGGCCAGUAUUCCUCACCCGGGCCCCUACCUCUUAUUUGCAGACCUUCGAGAAGGAUAAGGGGGCCCCCCCCCUCUUUAUAAAGAACUUGCCUGAGGAGGGGCCCUGGAGUAAAGCGCAGCUGCAGCAGCAAUUCAAGCAAAUGCGAGAAGAAUGCCUGCUGCUGCUUGACGCUGCAGCAGCACCUCCGGGUUUGCUGAAGAACCGCAAACGUGACAGCUGCGCGCUUGCAGCAGCGGCAACAACAGCAACAGCAGCAGCAGCAUCACCUGCAGCAGCAGCAGCAGGAGACUGGCUGCUGUUGCGCAUCCGCCUGCACUAUCAAACAGUAAUGAGGCCCCUCUCAGUGCCCUUGUCUCUUUAUAGAGACAUCUACAGAAGAAUGAUAUUUCCUCCAGCAGCAAAGAGACGCCAGCCUCCUCAAGCAGCAGCAGCAGCAGCUGCUGCUGCUGCUGCUGCUUCAGGGAAAGUGGAGACACGCUGCUGCUGCUGCAGCAGCGAAGAAGCGUACAGCGGAGCAGACGAUCCCGACUCUGACGCGUGCAGCAGCGACAGCAGCAGCAGCAGCUGCAGCAGCACCUGCAUCAGCACGAGGGAUGGCGGCCCAAGCGCGGCCCGCAGCAGCAGCAGUAGCAGCAGCAGCAGCUGCAGCAUUUGCAGCGUGUGCUUAGAGAGGCGCCGGGCUCGAGCAGCUCGCAGCUCAGACCAUCUGCUGUCUGCUCCUGUUGCCUUCUUUUUUGUUAGAGAAGAGGGGCCCCCUCAGAGGCCUCAGGAAGCCCCCAAGGGGCCUCCGCAGGGUCCUCAGGGGGCCCCCCAGGGGCAACCCAAAGAGAUUCAGGGGGCCCCCCAGGGGCCCCCCAAAGAGACUCAGGGGGGCCCCCAAGGGCCUCAAGGGGCCCUUCAGGAGCCCGAAGGAUCCCCUCAAGGUCCUGAAGGGGCCCCCGAGGAGCGUAGGGGGGCCCCUCAGGGGCCUCCAGGUGAUGGAUGGAGGGUUACGCUGCAGUUUGCGGUGUAUCUGCAGGAUGGCUCUUCUGUCUCCUUCCCUGUCUCUUCGGGGGGCCCCUUCGUGCAUAAAGGAGGGGGGGCCCCCAGGGGGGCCCCUGCUGCUGGGGGCCCCCCCCAGCAUUAUACGUACGCAUACACACUAGGGAAGGCCCUCUACUUGAGAGACUUAAAAGUAGUGUCUCUGUCCCCUCCAAGCAGCAGCAGCAGCAGCAGCAGCAGCAGCAGCAGGGUGCUGCAGAGUCAGUUGCUAAGGAAGGAGGCGAACGCAAAGUUUGCAAAGGGGGAGAUGCAUGCGGCACUCCAACUCUAUCGGCGUGUUUUGCUGCUGUCUCCUUUCAGCAGCAAAGGGGCCCACCGAAAGGCGAGGGCUUUGGGGGGCCUCCGCCUAUACUCUGCUGCAGAAUCUGUUUGUCUCCUUGCUGUCUCUCGUCUGCAGCAAGAGGGGCCCCAGGGGGCCCCCGAAGCAGCAGCAUUUUAUAAACUAUUAGAGAAAUUAAAGCACAGGGAAGCGGUAUGGCAGCAGCAGCAGCAACAGAAAGAGCAGCAAGAGCAGCAGCAGCAAGAGCAGCAGCAAGAGAAGCUGCAGAAAGAGCAGCAGCAGGAGCAGCAUCAACAGCAGCAGCAGUGCGGUGAGACGCAAAUACCGCAGCUCUAG